GUUUACCGCUGGAUUAUGUGUGCUCUGUAUGGUUCAGGAGAGAGGAAGAAUUCAUCACGAAUAGCAAAGGUCACGCGCGCCCUGUCUGUGUUUCUCGUCUCGUCUCCCUUGCGCGAUCUGACACGAAAUUCUCGUCGAACGCAACCAUACAUCCGCUUCCAUGGCGAUCAGCAGCAGAGCUGCAGCUUGUACCGCACUCGGUUUCCCGAGCACCACCGCCGCCGCCCCGCCCUCGAGCGUCUCCGUGAACCGGAGAGCUCAGCCGAGGAAGGCGGUGGCAGCCGUGGCCCGCGCGACCAGCGCUGGCGGCGCGGUGCUGGACCCGCCGGCCUUCGACCAGUCCCAGCUCGACACCCUUCCCCCAGCACAAGAAGGAGGAGACACGGGGAGGCUCAAGGACCGCAAGGGCACCGGCAGCGGCGACAGCUACAAGGUGCUGCUCCUAGACGACCCGCGCCACACCGAGAAGCACGUGGAGACGGCGUUGCCGCAGGUGGUGCCGUCGGUGACGGCCGAGGCGGCGCGGCAGCUCUUCCACGAGUCCCGCCAGAAAGGCGCCGCGCUGGUCAUCGUCGCCGUCAAGGAGCAUGCCGAGUUCUACGCGCAGAUGAUGGUUCGCCACGGGCUACGAUCUGCCAUCGAGCCCGAGUCCGACAUGGCAUCUUAACUUAACCGUGUUUUCAGAGACAAGGGAGCACCUGCCCAUCCUCGGCGCUGGGUUUUGGAGGACCGACGCAUCUCUUCUCAUCCCAUAGGACCGGAGGCAAAUUCAGCUAGUGCUAGUGUGUAAGCUCUGAGCAUUUAUGUAAUCACAUGUAACAUCAAGUAAGUGAAACCAACGAGAUUCAGACA